AUUUGCUUGUUUCUUUCCCCAUUACCAUGGAGUGCCUACGAAAUGCAAGGAGAGUCAAUGUUAUUUUACUUUUAUAUAGAGGAAAAUGUCAGUGUUUGAAAAACCGGAUUCACACGUUUAUUCACAAACAAAAUGCUAACAAUAGUUCCCGUUUUUAUAGUAAAAGACUCGCAUAUGAGGUUGACACCAACGUCCGUCAAGACAUUUUGCUUUACACUAACAAGCAGAGAAAUGGCAUGAUGUUAUCCCUGUCAGUUGCUGGAGUUUUAUCAUCAGUCAUAUUUGGAGGAUGGUUUACUUAUGCAUUACUUUGUGUGAGGGACCCAGCGCCUGAUCCUGAUGAGACCAGGUGGUGGAAGAAUAAUAUAUUCUGGAGGAAUAAAAAUAAGACUGCACUUCUUACUAUCAUUGGUCUUGCAGGACUUGGGUUUUCAUUUAUUGGUCACCAAGUUCCAGCACACACAGUCAAAAACAUUUGGCUUUUAGCGGGAGGACAAAAAGUCAGAAUUCAUACUUAUGGACCUUUCUUAUCGACUAAAGAGAUGAUAGUGCCUCUUAGUAACAUGACAUGCACUGUUCUUCCAGAGCCUGGAGAAGAAAAUAAAGACGUUUCAUUUAAAAUCAAAGGCAGCCGGCUGUUUUAUAGUGUGGAAUGUAAAGGAGAUUUUCUUCAGCCAAAAUUAUUUAAUAGUACUGUUGGCAUGUAUAGGAAGAAUUUUAAUCAAUAAAUAAAUGUUAUAUUUA